AUGAACUCAAACAAGCAGCUGAACUUGGCCGAGGACGGCUCAAGCUCCGAGGUUAUACACUUAGAUACUACCGUGUCGCCUACUCCUCUGAAGACGGAGAGUGAUGUAUCACAACCUGUUGACUUGUCUGCUGUUGCAGUGAUGCUUCAGAAUGACAAUAAGCCGUCGAUCCAGGAUAUAGAAAAAUCAACCAACGAAAAGCCUUCAGCCGUUUCAGCCCCAGCGCCCAAACCCAAACCGCGAUUUGUGCCUGCUUCGCGUUGGAUUCGAUUUCAACUAUGGUUCAAUACAUAUAGAAAAUUCUUUACCUUCAUUAUCUUGUUUGAAUUGGCUGGGAUGAUUACUGCUGGACUUGGCCACUUCCCUUAUGCACACGAGAAUACGGGAGGUAUUGUCAUUGGCAACAUUUUAGCCGGGGUAGUUGUACGCAACGAAUUAUUUGGCCGACUUUUGUACUUGAUCGUGAAUACGUUCUUUGCUAAGUGGACACCGCUCUGGUUCCGAUUGGCAUGCACCUCGGUUUUGCAGCAUCUUGGGGGUAUCCACUCGGGCUGCUCAGUCUCGGCCGUUGGAUGGCUGAUAUACAACCUUGUCAACCUGUUCCGAGAUCAUAAAGAUAUUGCCGUGGGGGUACUCGUGAUGGGUGUCAUUGUGUGUGUAGUAAUUGUGUUUACGUGCAUCAGUGCUGUCCCUUGGGUCCGCAAUACCCACCACAAUGUCUUCGAACGUAAUCAUAGGUUCUUUGGUUGGGCAGCCGUGAUUGUUACUUGGAUUUAUAUUAUUCUGGAGAACGGAUAUCGCAACUCGCGGAGUAGCUUCGCCGCCAAUAGCUACGCCUUUGCUCACCACCAGGAACUAUGGCUCUCAAUAUUCAUGGCGAUUGCAGUUAUUCUCCCUUGGACCUACACAAGAAAAGUUCCAAUUCACGUUGAGAUUCCUUCCCCCAAGGUUGCCGUCCUUCGUUUUGAUCGUGGGUUGCAGCAAGGACUCCUGGGUCGUAUUUCACGUACCGCGGUUCUCGAGUAUCACGCGUUUGGAACAAUUAGUGAAGGCAAAGAUGCUAAGCACCAUUACAUGGUGUGUGGUGUGCAGGGUGACUUUACGCGUAGCCUAGUCAACGAUAUGCCUACGCAUAUAUGGACACGAGAGGUUAAGUUUGCUGGGGUUGGAAACACAUCAACUCUCUACCGUCGCGGAAUUAGAAUUUGUACCGGAACCGGAAUUGGUGCAGCGUUGUCUACUUGCCUACAGUCUGAUCAGUGGUUCCUUAUCUGGAUAGGUUCCGAUGUGCUCAAAACCUUUGGGCCCACUAUUGCCGAACUCAUAGAACGGGGAGUUGGAGAUCGUGCCAUUCUUUGGGAUACUAAAAAGCUUGGACGGCCGAAGACGAUGGAGCUUUUGGCCGAGCAGUUUUACAAGUGGAACGCAGAGGUCGUAAUGAUCACGUCUAAUUGGGACGGAAACCAGGAAAUGAUGCAAGGAUGUAUGCAAAGAGGGAUCCCAGCUUUCGGUACAUUGUGGGAUUUCUAA